UAUACACUGGUUUUUUUAGCAAAGACGCUCUUAUCAAACCCCCGUCUCCUUCUCAGUGCACUUGUUCUUCUCAAAUCAAGCACAUAAAAACCUCAAAUUUCUCCCCCCAGACAAAUUCCUUCUUCAUCUCUAGUAUUUUCUCACUCUUUUAAAACAUUUUGCUGAAACCUCCAUCUCCUCCUCAAAUGUAGCUCCUUCCAUGGCGAAUACAUGAAAAUUACCAGCUUCCCUUCGUUUCAGUCUACCGUUUCUCAUCAUACAAUGACAUUCUCUAAUGUAGCAACCAUUAUUCCUUCUUCUUCGUUACAUUUUCUCACUAAUUACUCUAGUGGCUCUGGUUCGCCUUGCGAAGAUCAUGUGAGGGUUUUCGGGUUAGAUUUUGGGUUUGAAUCCGUACACUCCAAAUCUAAAAUUGGAAGGCUUCAUUCUAGGGUUUCCGGUUGGCCUUGUUUGAGACGGCGGUGGAGAUACAAUGCAAUUGACACUCGCAUAGUGGAUAGUGCACAAGCUCCGGUCGUCACCAUCGAUAUCCCCGUCACUUGUUACCAGAUUAUUGGUGUUUCUAAUCAAGCUGAGAAAGAUGAGAUUGUGAAGUCAGUGAUGAAUUUGAAGAGGGCCGAAGUGGAAGAAGGCUAUACUAUGGAGACUGUUGUAUGCCGUCAGGAACUUCUAAUGGAUGUGAGGGAUAAGCUUCUUUUUGAAUCGGAAUAUUCUGGUAAUAUGAAAGAAAAGAUCCCACCUAAAUCUUCCCUUAAAAUCCCAUGGGCUUGGUUGCCUGGUGCCCUUUGUCUCCUUCAAGAGGUUGGAGAAGAGAAGCUUGUCUUAGAGAUUGGUUGGCCAGCUGUUCAGCACCCAGAUGCUAAGCCAUAUGUUCAUGAUUUGCUUCUAUCAAUGGCUUUAGCUGAGUGUGCAAUUGCAAAGAUUGGUUUCGAGAAGAACAAGGUGUCUGAAGGAUUUGAAGCCCUUGCUCGUGCUCAAUGUCUUCUCAGGAGUACAGCAUCUCUCCGGAAAAUGACGUUGUUGUCUCAGAUAGAAGAAUCUUUGGAGGAGCUUGCGCCUGCAUGCGCAUUGGAAUUAUUAGGCAUGCCUCUGUCUCCUGAAAAUGCUGAACGGAGACGAGGAGCGAUUGCAGCCUUAAGGGAGCUGCUCAGACAGGGCCUUGAUGUGGAAACUUCAUGCCAGGUCCAAGACUGGCCAUGCUUCUUGAGCCAAGCACUUAAAAGACUGAUGGCUUCUGAAAUCAUCGAUAUCCUUCCCUGGGAUAAUUUAGCCAUUGCAAGGAAGAAUAAGAAAUCACUUGAAUCACAGAAUCAAAGAGUUGUGAUUGAUUUUAAUUGCUUUUACAUGGCUUUGAUUGCUCAUAUUGCUCUUGGCUUUUCAAGCAAGCAAACUGAGUUGAUUAACAAAGCAAAGACUAUCUGUGAGUGUUUGAUGGCAUCUGAAAGUGUUGAUCUAAAGCUUGAGGAGGUUUUCUCCUUGUUCCUUCUUGGACAGGGAAAUGAAGCUGAGGUUAUUGAAAAGCUUCAACUGCUUGAAUCAAAUUCGAAUCCCAGUGCCCAGAAUUCUGUCAUCGGAAAGGAAUCAAGAGACAGUACAAAUGCAAGUCCAUCAUUGGAAAUGUGGUUGAAGGAUGCUGUGCUUUCUGUGUUUCCCGAUACACGAAAUUGUUCUCCAUCAUUGGUGAACUUUUUUAGUGGUGAAAGAAAGACUUCUGGGACCAAGAAAAGUAAAGGAGCUCCUCAAACCAUGGCCAAUUUAAGCCACAGAUCAGUAUCCAUCACUCUUGCAUCAGAGAGGAGAGAUCUCGAAGAUUCUCUUCCCCAUAUGAACUCUUCUCGACAUCUUGGAUCAGCUGUUAAGCAAUUAGCACCAACCAAUUUGGAGAGCCCAUUGACAUUGGGCAAGAAUAGCAACGGGGAAAACGUUAGUGCGCCAUCUGUGCAAUUGAAAAGAAAUCUUGGAGUGAACCAGAGUAAAGUUUGGGAAAGUUGGUUCUCUAACAGGAAUGUGGUCGAACGUAUAAUUGUUGUUACUGUAGUAGGAUGCAUACUACUAGGAAUGAAAUUAAGUAGGGUAAGGAGCAUAUCUAAAUGGACCUCUAGUAAACCAGAUAUGCACACAAGUUCCCUUGACUGGAAAGGAGAUUCUUCUUUGGGCUACAAUGUAGGCACUGCUCACAUCAAGAAAGGUGGCAUCCAAAGCAGAAUGAAGAAGUUCUCAGAAUUGGUUAAGCUGCAAUUCAGAAGUUAUUCAGGUGCCAGGAAUGCACAUACUUCUCGUCUUCCUGCUAGUAUAUCAAACUCUCUGGCUACAGUAGAGAGGAAACCAAUGCCCGUGGAAGAAGCUGAAGCCCUCGUUAAGCAAUGGCAAGCAAUUAAAGCUGAAGCUUUGGGCCCUAGUCAUGAUGUGCAUAGCCUCUUUGAAGCCCUUGACGAGUCAAUGCUUUUUCAGUGGCAAUCUCUGGCAGAUGCAGCAAAAGAAAGAGCUUGUUAUUGGAGAUUUGUCUUGCUGCAGUUGACCAUCUUGCGUGCAGAAAUACUGUUAGAUGGAAGUACAGGAGAGAUGGGAGAAAUUGAGGCUCUCCUGGAGGAAGCAGCUGAGCUUGUUGAUGAAUCUCAGCCAAAGAAUCCAAAUUACUACAGUACAUACAAAGUUCGAUAUUUUCUAAGAAAACAAGAGGAUGGAUCGUGGAGAUUUUGUGGAGGUGAUGUUGAAACUCCAUCUUGAGACUACCGAAGGUUAUCAUCUCUAGAUCACCCAAAGGGUUACUGUGCAACAGUGUUGACUUAAUGGGGAAAGGAAAAUGAAAUCGUUGCCUGGGGCAGUCAGUCCUAACAGCAAAUAACUGUUUAAAUGUUAAUGCAGAGUUAGGAAAAAAAUUCUUUCUUAUGAAAUGUGAACUUGCAUCAUGCAUAACAAGAGAAAAGGUAACAUAAUAUUCAGUUUUAAGCUGCAUUGCGUUUUGGGAGCGAAGAAGCACGUAGGGAAUUCACGCUGGAUAUGCAAUGCAUGUUCAUGUUCUUUCCCCAUUUAAGCGUAUUAUAUUCGUUUUUAUUGUUACUUAUUUUUAAUUAUUGCUCUUUCCAUUCAACAAUAGAGUAAGUUUUAGUCA